CAAUAUUCUCGGGGGCACCUUUGUAAAAAGUGGUUGUUUUAGUAAAACUAUACAACUUGAAAGCUGGUAGUGGUUGGAGUGACACAAGUUUCACAAAGUUAUUAACUUUAUUAAAAGAAAUUUUACCAAAAGACAAUGAAUUGCCUUCCUCGCUUUAUGAAGCAAAAAAAAACAUUGUGCACAUUAGGAAUGGAGUAUAACAAGAUCCACGCUUGUCCAAAUGAUUGCGUUCUAUAUCGAAGCUAAUGCCCCGAUACUCUUCAAGAUUCCUAGUGGGGUUCCUCGCUUUCUCAAGUGUCUAUUAACUACCGUAAAGUAUGUGGAGCCAAGUUUCAUGAUCAAAGUUCCGAUGGAUUUUGAGAUAUUAGGCCAUGAGAAUGAUUUAUAUAUCUCACAAGAAGAUAUAGUCCACGUUGGCUUAAUGGAAGAGAUUGGAGCAUCAUGUGUAUCGUUAUAUAUCAGGAUUUUAUACUUCCAAUUAGUGAAAAGAGAGAUCAGUCACUUUUUUCGUUUUGUUGAGCCAAUUUGGUUAUCAAAUGUUGGAUCCACUGAAGAAGAGCGAGUUGAAUGGGUAUCAAAGCGUAUGAUUGAUUCAAAUCCGGGUCAGAUGUGGUUGUUGCCAUAUCAUAAGGGGUAA